AAGCACAGCGGUUCCGGGCCAAGUGGAUGUAAUUUCUGAUAAGGCCAAGGCACAAGAAGAAGCGUAAUUCGAAGAAGAUAUCGCAGAGUCGGGGACACCACCGGGCACAUGAAGAUUGAAGAGGGCCCUAAGCAAGCGUGUAAUUGACGGAAUAUUGUAGAAUAAAACCAGCGGUUACGCCCUUCUACUACUUCUCGUCCGGCGACGAAGGAGGAAGAAGAAGAUGAAACAUGCCAGAUCUCUCUAUGUACAUGCAUAUAUAUAUUGAUUGAUUGAUUUUGACACCUGCAGUCAGCUACAUACAAAGCGUCGCAGAAUGCGCCUGGUAGUGCCGUCGCCGAGGGGAUCUCCGUCCUCCGCCGAUCAACGUCGUAAUGGCGGUGGAGGGGGAGGGGGAGUAUACAGAGACAAAGACGCGGAGUCUCUUUUCAGGACGAAGCCAAUAUCGGAGAUCCGCAAUGUGGAGGCGGCCACCAGGAAGCAGAUCCAGGACAAGAGCGAGGAGCUCCGGCAACUGGUCGGCAAUCGUUACCGGGAUCUCAUCGACUCCGCCGAUUCCAUCGUCCUCAUGAAGUCCUCCUGCGAGUCCAUUUCUGCUAACAUAUCCGCCGUUCACCACGGCAUCCUCCAUUCCCUCUCCGAAUCAACAGCGCCUUCCCCCAAAUUGUUGGCUGCUCCGAGCCCUAACCCUGCCAGAGCCAGGAUCUAUGGCAUCGCCUGUCGGGUCAAGUACCUGGUCGACACCCCGGAGAACAUCUGGGGAUGUCUUGACGAGUCCAUGUUCCUCGAGGCCGCAGCUCGAUACAUCCGUGCCAAGCAGGUUCACCACAAUCUUUUCGAGAAUAACAAUGACAAUAAGAGCAGAAUACUGUCCAAUUUCCCUUUGCUUCAGCAUCAAUGGCAGAUUGUCGAGAGCUUUAAGGUGCAGAUCUCCCAGAGGAGCCGUGAGAGAUUGCUGCUGGAUCAGGCUGUUGGCCUCAGCAUUUCCGCCUAUGCUGAUGCACUCGCAGCGGUUGCCAUCGUUGAUGAGCUUGUGCCCCAGCAGGUUUUGUCCUUGUUCCUUGAAUCCAGAAGGUCUUGCAUUUCCCAGAUAUUAGUCAAUUGUUCCUCUGUCAAUGCUACUAGUUCUGAGGUGAUCUCUGCAUUUUGUGAAGUGAUGAAGAUAAUUCAGGUUAGUGUAGGCCAAAUAGGGGAAUUGUUCUUGCAAGUAUUGAAUGAUAUGCCAAUGUUUUAUAAAGUCAUUUUAGGAACCCCUCCUGCUUCUCAACUAUUUGGCAGUAUACCAAAUCCCGACGAAGAAGUCAGGCUGUGGAAAUUGUUCAGGGACAAGCUAGAGUCUGUAAUGGUAAUGCUUGAUCGGGAUUUGAUUGCUAAAGCCUGCUCUGAUUGGUUGAAGAAUUGUGCUAAAGAGAUUGUUAACAAGAUUAAUGGAAGGUACUUAAUUGAUUCCAUCAGCAGUGGUCGGGAGCUUGCCUCAGCAGAGAGAUUGAUAAGGGAGACAAUGGACAGUAAGCAAGUACUGGAGGGUAGUUUGGAGUGGCUGAAGAGUGUUUUUGGCUCUGAAGUUGAAUUGCCCUGGAAUAGGAUUCGUGAACUUGUUUUGGAAGAUGAUGCAGAUCUCUGGGAUGAGAUAUUUGAGGAUACUUUUGUUGAGAGGAUGAAAGCAAUCAUAGAGUUGGGAUAUGAUGACUUGAUCAGAGUUGUUAAUGUCACAGAAUCAGUUCAUGCCAUUGCUGAGGCUCCCCCCGGCCAGUUUGAUUUCCAGGCCAACUUAAACCAAUCUUAUUUGGGUGGCAGUGUUUGGUUCACGGACCAAAGCAAUAAGAAGGCUGCUCCCUUGAAUAGUUCCAGAACAUCGACUGAGGAGAAUGAUCUAGUCAGCUGUCUCAAUGCUUAUUUUGGAGCUGAAGUCAGCAGGAUUAGAGAUGCAGUUGACAGUUGUUGCGAGAGUGUUCUUGAGGACCUUUUGAGCUUCCUAGAGUCCCCAAAGGCAUCUGUCAGGUUAAAGGAUCUAGCACCUUACCUACAAAGUAAGUGUUAUCAGAGUGUUUCAGCCAUAUUGAUGGAACUCAAGGCUGAGCUUGAACGCUUGUCUGCUGCCCUAGAAAGUGGAAACCGGGAAGGUCAGUCUGUGUCAUCACGGGCUACAAUUGUUGAGAGAUCUCUAUUUAUUGGGCGAAUAUUGUUUGCUUUUCAGAAACACUCAAGACAUAUACCAGUGAUCCUUGGUUCACCAAGGUUGUGGUUGAAUGAAACUUUGGGUGCUGUUUUUGGUAAGCCAGUGUCCUUGUUGAGGCAUUCUAGUGCCACCAUUGAUUCUCCUUUGUCUAACAGCCCUGGAAGACAAAGCUUUGAUUCCCCUAGAAGGCAGUCCUCUCUGCAUACUGCAGCUAUGAUGGGAGUGAAUGAUAGUUCAAGUCCACAGCUUGAGGAGCUCAAUAGCAUGGCACUAGAUCUUAGCAUGAAAUCUCACAACUUGUGGAUGUCAUGGGUUGCUGAUGAGCUUUCAGUAAUACUUCAUAGUGAUCUUAGACAAGAUGAUGGAUUAUCAACAAGAAGUCCCCUGAAAGGAUGGGAGGACACUGUAGUCAAACAAGAGCAAUCUGAUGAGAGCCAAUCAGAGAUGAAAAUAUCACUUCCAUCCAUGCCUUCUCUUUAUAUUAUCUCCUUUCUAUUCCGAGCUUCCAAAGAAAUUCAUCGGAUUGGAGGUCAUGUGCUUGAUAAGUCCAUUUUGCAAAAGUUUGCAUUGAGACUACUGGACAAGGUCAUAGGUACAUAUACAGACUUCCUUUCAACUGCAGAAGCACAAGAUUCUCAAAUGUCAGAUAAAGGUGUUUUGCAAGUUCUAUUAGACUUAAGAUUUGUGGCAGACAUUCUUUCUGGGGGUGAUUCCAUUACAAUAGAGGAACCAUCCAAAAAUGCAAGAUCAAAGUUUUCUUUCAGAAGAAAGCAGGAUGCAAACCAGUCCAAGUCAGUGAUCAGAGGGCAGGUUGAUGGCUUGGUAAAUCGUCUUUCCCAGAGGCUGGAUCCCAUUGAUUGGCUCACGUACCAGCCAUAUCUGUGGGAGAAUGAGAGGCAGUCGUACCUUCGGCAUGCUGUCCUCUUUGGGUUCUUUGUGCAACUUAAUCGAAUGUACACGGAUACUGCACAGAAGUUACACGCUAACUCAGAAUCAAACAUAAUGCGAUGCUCCACUGUUCCUCGUUUUAAGUACCUUCCUAUCAGUGCUCCCGCAUUGUCUUCAAGAGGAACAACUAAGCCAUCUAUUUCAACUUCCAUGGAUGACGUGUCAUCAAGAAGCUCCUGGAAACGUCAUAUAAAUGAAGAACUCUCUCGAAGUAUUGAUAUUGACGAUGACUCAAGUUUUGGGGUGGCUGCACCUUUCUUAAAGUCUUUCAUGCAGGUUGGCACCCGAUUUGGAGAAAGCACAUUGAAGCUGGGAUCCAUACUAACAGACGGGCAAGUUGGCAGAUUCAAGGCCAAUUCAGCAGCUGCCAUGUCAACAUUUGGCGACAUUCUACCCGUUCAAGCUGCAGGCCUCCUUUCUUCCUUCACAGCAUCUAGAUCAGAAUCUUGAUCGCCACUCGGAUGCAUUUCUUUCUCUCUUCAAAGAGACUUGGUCCAUGGUACCUACCAUAACUGAAGCCAAAAAAUUAUUAAUCUGAUUAAUAUAGCGGCCGGGAAGUUCCAAGUAGUCAAAUGGUAGGUUGAGUUGAGUUUUGAAGAUGUCUGCAAGUAAGGUUGUUGUUCUCAGCUGGUAGGAGUUCUUGUUUCUUGUUCCAACAAUUCAGCUGUAAAGUCACAGCAAGGAAAAAUGUAAAAAGAGAUGCUGCAAAAUCAACAAUACAACGUUUUUGUGGGUCUGUAUCUUAUGGGGAGUACUGCUAUUACAUGCGAUCACAACUUCCCCAGCUUGUCUGUAAUGCAAAUGCAAAAAUGGGCACUAAAGCCAAUUCAAGGAAUGUUUAGUCUGGUCAUAGCAACUUGAGGGUCUGUGUGCACUUUGCAUGCAGAGUCCAGUAUUAAGUUUGUCAAUCAUACAUUAUUAUAAAUAUAUCAGUCUUUCUUCUGA